UGAAGACAACAUGGUUUUUUAGUUACGUUGAGUACGUUAGAUAAAUUGAGAGAAAAAGAAAGCGAUCGGAAGGUAUAAAAAUUGAAAUUGAAAAUUUAAUCUAUUGAAUAAAAACAAAAUGAUAAGUGACAUUUUAUCCACCGUUUCGUUGAUAACAGUAUUUGUUACAAUAAUUAUUGAGUGUUGGAAAGUGUAUCUAAAUUGCACUAAGCUUAGAGCAUUUUAUCAUAUCAAAGGUUGGCCGAUAAUAGGCAAAGGCUUGGAUUUAUUUGGGAAAAAUAAUGAGCAAAUUUUCGAAACGUUCGUCACCGAAACCGAAGAAAUUUCAUAUACUUGGGUUGGUCCAAUACGUCUCUUUCAUGUGGCUCGGCCGGAAGAUGUCCAAGCGAUUUUAACUUCGGACAAGUGUUUGAAAAAAGCAUUUCCGUAUGAAUUCUUGUACAAUCGCACGGGUUUAUUAACAGCAGAGCCGAGUACAUGGAAAUUGCAUCGUCGAGCAUUGAAUCCAACGCUCGGUCCAAAAAUGGUGAAAAGUUUUAUGCCGAUUUUCAACGAAAAAUUCCAGAAAAUGGCCGAUUUAAUGGAACGCCAGAUUGGUAACAAUGUUGAUAUGCACCAGAUCAUGUUUAGGGCAUCAAUUGACACAAUUAUGUGCGGUUCAUUCGGUGUUAAUUGGACCAUGCAGAAUAGACGAGGUGAUGAAAUCCAUGAUUUGAUUAUUUACAUCAUGCAAGACGUUCAGAAACGCAUUCAACGAGUAUGGCUUUGGAAUCCAAUCUAUAAAUUAACACAAGACUACAAAAUGGAAAUGUCGAAAUUUCACGCGUUUUACCAGUUUGUUCGAACAGCAUUGGAAAAUAAGAGAAUGGAUUUAGCCGAAAAACUGGAGCACGGUGAAGACGAGCUCGCUAUUGCCAAGCAGAACAACAAUCAAAACUAUUUACAAAAGUGUUUGCAAUUGGAACUCGAACAAAAAUGGACUAACGAAAAUGUUUGCGAAGAAAUGGACACGAUUUUCGUGGCAAGUGUGGAUACUUCAGCUACAAUUUUAUGUGGUAUUUCGUUGAUGUUAGCCAUUCAUCAAGAGUAUCAAGAGCGUGUUGUCGACGAAAUGCGUGAGAUAUUUGAUGACGUGAACGAACCAGUGACCAAUGAUCACCUCUCUCGAAUGACUUUUCUGGAACUUGUUAUAAAAGAAUCGAUGAGAUAUUUUCCAAUCGCACCGUUUAUCGGGCGUGAAUGUACAGCUGAUUUCGAGAUCAACGGCGGUGUCAUUCCCAAAGGCUCACAAAUUUUCCUAAAUGUACUUCGAAUGCAUAAAAACCCCAAGUUCUUUGGCGAAAAUGCACUUGAAUUUUAUCCAGAACGAUUUUUACCGGAAAAUUGCGCCGAUUGGCACCCAUAUUUGUUUAUACCAUUUAGCGCUGGUGCACGGAAUUGUAUUGGAACACGUUAUGCAUGGACAUCAUUGAAAAUCGCUCUGUCACAUAUUUUUAGACGUUUCAAACUCACCACGCACUUGAAGCUACAUGAAGUGAUUAUCACACCUGAAUUACUCCUGAAAAUUGGCAAUAAAAAUGCCAUUCGAAUAGAGCAGCGAGAGUGGAAAUGAAAUUGAUUUUAGUAGAAUAAUCGAUGCAAUUUUCACAUUUAUCAUAUUUAUUUUAUUUACUUGAUUUCAUUGGCAUUUUUUUGUACUUGAGAUAUACUGGAAACGUUGAAACAUUCCGAAUCAAAACUUUUUCAUUUGCACUGAGAUUAGAUGAUCAUAUUGUUUGCAACUCCAACAUUCUAAUGGAAAAACAUUGAAUAAUUUAUCUUUUCUGAUCUAGACGUAGAUUCUAAGAAAACUUUUGUAAAUAAAAUAUUUUCAAAUGAAAACACGUCUCUGUUUGCAGUACCAACCUGAGUUCAUAAAUUCUAUAAUAUAGUUUAAAAUCUAAUAUUUAUUGGAGGUGAACACUUAGAUAGCUUCACAUGUUUUGAUCUAAAAUAUCUUUCUAUAAAAAGUGAUUGAACUCUGUUGACUUUGAAACCGUCGUUUACCAGCAUAAUGUAGACACCAAUGCCUAAUUUAAGCCGCAGUUGUAAUUUGAAAAAUGCAGUUGUGAAUAUCAGAAAAUGCAGUUAAGAUUAUUCACUGAAGUAUCAAUUUUCAGUAGCAGCACAAACAUAUUUAAACAACAUUUAUUCAGAAUUUCGGCUCGCUUCGCUCGCCAUAAUUUUUUUCUAACAUUUUCACAUAAAUAUAAGCACAAUAAAAAUGAGUAUGGUGAAUCAGUGUACAAUCGCCGAAAAAAGAGCUGUUAAUGAUUAGAUGAUGAAAUAUACAUGAAAAUGUCAGGCGAUACUUUUCUGGCGAUUGUACAAUGUACUCUCGUCAUAUUCAUUUUCGUUUUGUUUACAUAAUUUCACCCUAGAUUUCACCCGGCAAUAUUCUGUCAAUUUUUCUAUGUAAAACAUGGAGUGUGAAAUAGUAGAGCGCCACUACUGGAGAACGGCAGAAUGCGAAAGAAAAAAUUUCAAAUUUGUUCGCGCUCAAAUUCACUCCGUCAUAUUCAUUCUUGU